CUUGACCAUCUGUUUAUGGAUCAGAACCCUUUGUAUGAAAGGAGUCAUUUUCUGGUAACUAGGAUAGCUGUUCAUUCCAACAAAGUUCCCAUCAGGAUCCACAAGCUCCAGCUUGAGGCCAUGAACAACCUGAUCUGAAAUGGCGCCAUACAACCACCACUCUCCUUCUCCUGCAAGGCUCAAACAGCGUGUCAUGAUCGAUCGAGAUGUGCAGCAUGGAAGCCAAGCCACCCAUGCACUGAAUCUUGACGACGGCAUAAUCUUCGCUAGGUUCGCGGUGCGGGUGCCCGACUCCAGAUCGUGUGCCGCGCGCUUUUCAUGUCCCGACUCAGUCCCGAGUUAAGGUUGAGGAUACCGACCCAACCAGAUCUCCUAUCCGGUGAGGCAACCCUGUUUAUAUCCGUGCGCGAUUCGCCCUCAACCCUAGAUCCCCAAAUCCCCUCCUCCCCGAGCUGCUUGAUGACUGCAAGCGCAAGUUUGGAGAGGGAGGAGAGAGCCAUAAACAGAAGAAACGGACGUGAGUCAUCAUUGGCUUCAAGUGGGAGUCAUGUCCCAAAAGCCACUAAUUGUAGGAUGAGCAAAGGCAUGAAAGCAAUGUUAAAACUUCAUGCGGUUCAGGCGGCGUACGCUGCUGCUGAGGAGAAACGAUGUGCUCUUGAGGAGGAACAGUUUGGUAGACUUCCUGAUCGAGAUGGGUCAGCCAGUACCUUUGAAGAGAAACAGUUUGGUUAUUUAGUUGGGCAUUGUCAAGAGUACUAUCUAACCUGUGCCAAUAUAACCAGAGAUCUGUCUUCCAUUGUCAUCUCGAUUGCUUUGUUUGAUGGAGAUAAGAUGUUUUUCGCAUGCUCGGGCAUAUGUGUAUCAUACGGGUCAACUCAAUUUCAGCUGACAAGAUUUGAGACUUCGGCGCGUUUGGUUACCGCAUAUAAUGAGAACAUGAACAAAGAUGAUAACUUGAGGAUUGAUGUACGCCUUCCUAGUAAUGCAAUGACAGAAGGGUUUUUGGGACUGUAUGAUCGAGAUAUUGCUAUUGUCACGACGGCGGGCCUCCCAAAUGUUCGUUCCGUAGAACUGGAUCUUCAGGCACAAGCAGUACCUACCUCCCCUGGUUCACGUAUACUAGCUGCAGGGCGUAGUUUCACGUCGGCCAUGCGUGGGUCUAUCUGUAUGGAACAUCCCAGCAGGUGGAUUUCUGAUGAUGGACAGCAUAUCACAGAGGCUGCACUAGGAGGGCCACUAAUAUCAGAUGAUGGAAGAUUUCUUGGCAUGAACCUUGACAAUAAGGAGUCUGAGGCGAACACGGUAUACUCCUUUUUCAUAUCACGGGGGCUGCUUUAUCAACGCUUGAAGCAUUUUCAGAUACUCGAUGGGAUCAUCGGUGCUACUCAGGAUGUUGACUUGGUAUGCUUGCGCCGUCGUGGCAUUGUGCGCAUCCAGGUGGCGGUUCUGAAUUUAAACAUGUUUAAAAAAGAAGAUGGUGUAGGUCCUGCCUCGGUCUCGGCUGGGGUUUAUGUCAAGCUUAACGGGUACAAUCUUCGGUUCGUACUUGAGGAGGACGAUUUCAUACCCGAAGAUGAUUUCAUCUCUCGCAUUUGGGAGCACGAUGAUGACGGUCCAGACCACGGGGCUAACCGAGAUGAUGUUUUGCCUGAUCAAGAUGCGAACAAAAAUGGGAAAAAUUCUGAAAGGGGUGCUGCUCAGUCCAAUACGUCAUCUGCUGGGACCAUUCCAAUGGAGACUGAUAAUUGCUUUGUGAACGCAUCGGACGCUCCUUCGCAGACUGAUGCAGGAGCUGACCUCGAUGUGGACACCACCGUGGCGGCUGGUACUGGAGUUGACCAACAGGGAGAUACUACAUCCAUUACAGGAAAUGAAGCAAUCUUGCCGCUUGAUGCGGCUGCACACCCAGGUGUGGCUGCAUGUGUGCAUGCGCACAGUGGCCUGCAUGCAGUGCUGCCGGCCAUGGUUGAGGGCGCACCGUCAGUAGUGCAGCCAGCCGGUGCUGCAUCUUCUGCGCUCGUGCAGCCGGUCCUGGGUACGGGCGCACCGCCAGCGGGGCAUGUUGACGAUCCUGCUCCGGUCCGCGCGCAAGGUUCCAAGAUGUCACCCGUGGAUGCUUCUUCAGCUCCUGCUCCGGUUGCCGUGGUUCCUCUCGGUCCAUUAGCGGAUUGUCCGAGUGGCUCGGCCCCGGCACCCGUGGCGAUCGUGCCGGUGGGACCUGCGGCACGUCCCUCUUCACCGACCUUAGGGACAGAUCGGAGCUCGCCGAUUUUGCAGCAACCAACACCAACGGCUCGACCGAAGACACCGAUGGGUACUAUGUCUGGAGGGCUGGCUUCGCCGCUUUGGCGUAGUAACCGUCACGCCGUCUCCGCGGAUGGUUCCUCUUCGACAGAUGAACAUUCACUAGCUAAGGCAAUGCAACGACAAGCCUCGAGGAAUUUGGACUCCACGCCAGGUUAUUUUCCGUUGUACGCAAUCGCUUCAUACGUGGUCUAUGCUACAACGAUCGGAGCACCAAUCGCUGUUCAAGGCGGUGUGUACGCGGUUGCAGCAGGUGGCUACGGAGGUUUUUUCCCAACAUGGGUGGCAGCAUAACCUCCGGAUCGAUCCACCACCACCUUCAACAUAGGCAUAGUGUCGGUCUAUAGGACUUUACUGUUGCCGAUAUGUCGGUUUAUAUUUCAUGUUUUUUGUCAGACUUUUGGAUUUGGCUGUGUGCAUCUCAGUUAUGCAGAGGCCGGGUGUUAUUCAUAAUGUUUUGUAUCCCC